AUUUUUCCCAAGAUUCACACAGUUUUCUUGCAAACAUUGAUUUCCGCAUCCUCACAUUUCGCGUCAUCGAGCGGCUUCGCAAACAACCGGAACCGACUGGGGAAUGGCCUUCCUAGGGAGUGCAGUUCGUCGGGUGGUGUCUGCGGUGCGGCCUCCUCUCUCUCCCCUAUGCCGGACAAGUGCCCGGUCCUACAGCUCAGAGCAUACCACUGAAAAAAGUGUCCCUUAUGAGAAGACACUCAAACAGGACGAUGGAGCCUCAUCUGGGCCGACUAAACCUUUACCCAGGUCAGUGGAUGCAGUGGUGAUUGGAGGAGGCAGUCUGGGCUGUCAGACCGUCUACCACCUGGCCAAAAUGGGGAUGACCAACGUAGUUCUGCUGGAGAGAGACAGACUGACUGCUGGCACCACCUGGCAUACAGCAGGCCUGCUGUGGCAGCUUCGUCCCAGCGAUGUUGAAGUUGAGCUCUUGGCCCACACCAGGAAUGUGAUUAGCAAAGACCUGGAAGAGGAGACAGGGCUCCACACAGGUUGGAUCCAGAAUGGAGGACUCUUCAUUGCCUCCAACAAGCAAAGACUGGACGAAUACAAGCGCCUUAUGUCGCUGGGUAAAGUUUAUGGUAUCGAGUCCCAUGUCCUGUCACCUGCGGAGACUAAAGACUUGUAUCCACUGAUGAAUGUUGACGAUCUGUAUGGAACUCUGUAUGUACCAAAAGACGGCACCAUGGACCCAGCAGGCACCUGUACCACCCUGAGUAGAGCUGCCUCUGCCAGGGGAGCCACGGUGAUUGAGAACUGCCCUGUGACUGGUAUUCAAGUGCGGACAGAUGACCUCGGGGUCAAGAGGGUGAAGGCAGUUGAGACCCCCCAUGGGACCAUCGAGACACCUUGUGUGGUGAACUGUGCAGGUGUGUGGGCCACUAAACUCGGGGAAAUGGCUGGAGUAAAGGUGCCUCUCAUUGCAAUGCACCAUGCCUACGUGGUGACAGAAAGAAUUGAAGGCAUACAGAACAUGCCAAAUGUAAGGGACCAUGAUGCAUCAGUUUACCUGCGCCUCCAAGGUGACGCCCUGUCUGUGGGUGGCUAUGAGCAAAACCCUGUCUUCUGGGAUGAGGUCUCUGAUAAGUUUGCCUUCAGCUUGUUUGACCUGGACUGGGAUGUUUUCAUGCAACAUAUUGAGGGUGCAAUCAACAGAGUUCCUGCUCUAGAGCAGACUGGCAUCAAGUCCACUGUCUGUGGACCAGAAUCAUUCACAGCAGACCAUAAGCCGCUGAUGGGAGAAGCCCCAGAGGUCAGAGGUUUCUUCUUGGGUUGCGGCUUCAACAGUGCCGGUAUGAUGCUGGGAGGUGGCUGUGGUAGAGAGCUGGCACACUGGAUCAUACAUGGACGCCCUGAAAAGGAUAUGUACGGAUACGACAUCAGGCGCUUCCAUAACUCACUGACAGACAACCAACGCUGGAUCAGAGAGAGGAGCCAUGAGUCGUACGCUAAAAACUACUCUGUGGUGUUCCCCUUUGAUGAGCCGCUGGCCAGCCGAAACAUGAGGAAGGACCCUUUCCAUCAGGUGUUGACGGAGCAGGGCUGUGUGUUCCAGGAGAGGCAUGGCUGGGAGAGACCUGGCUGGUUCAACAAAGAUGGACCCGCUCCUGUUAAAGACUAUGACUACUAUGGGGCCUACGACAUUAAGAAGAAUGUACACUACAAAUACAACGAGCUGCUGGGCAAAGAAUACACUUUUGGCUUCCCUCCACAUCAUGACGUGAUUAAGAGUGAGUGCCUCUCAUGUAGACACGGUGUAGCUGUGUUUGACAUGUCCUACUUUGGAAAGUUCUAUCUCACUGGACCAGAUGCCAAGAAGGCGGCUGAUUGGCUGUUUACUGCUGAUGUCAACAAGAAGCCAGGGUCCACAGUGUAUACCUGCAUGCUGAAUAAGAACGGAGGUGCGGAAGCUGACCUGACAGUGAGCAGGCUGGAGUCUGGUGCUGCCAACCUUCCCCUGGCACCGGAGUCUAAUGGCGACGCGUACUACCUGGCCAUUGGAGGCGGUGUAGCAGAACACAACUGGAACCACAUUAGAACAACUCUUCAGGACCAAGGUUUCCACUGCCACCUAACAGACCACUCUGAGGAUAUGGGGAUGAUUAGCAUCCAGGGACCCAAGAGUCGAGAGAUACUUCAAGAGGUGCUCGACACAGACCUAAGCAAUGAAGCUUUCCCUUUCUCUUCCCACAAAGUUGUCAAUGCAGCAGGGCAUCAGGUGCGAGCUAUGCGUCUGUCAUUUGUUGGAGAGCUCGGCUGGGAGUUGCACAUUCCCAAAGACUCUUGCCUUCCUGUCUACCAUGCUGUCAUGGCCGCUGGUGCAAAACACGGCAUUAUCAAUUCAGGCUAUAGGGCCAUCGACUCACUCAGCAUAGAGAAAGGGUACAGGCAUUGGCAUGCCGACCUUCGCCCAGAUGACACACCCUUAGAGGCAGGACUAGGUUUCACCUGCAAACUGAAGAGUUCAAUCCCAUUCCAGGGCCGGGAUAGGCUGGAGAAACAGAAGGAGGAGGGUCUGAGGAGGCGAAUCGUCUGCUUCACCAUAGAUGAGAAAGAACCAAUGUUUGGUCUGGAGGCUGUCUUCCGUAAUGGCGUUCCUGUUGGUCACCUACGGCGCUCUGACUAUGGCUUCUUCAUCGACAAAACUAUUGGUUAUGGAUAUAUCCGCAACCCUGAUGGAGGAGUGGUGAGUGCUGAUUUCAUAAAGAGUGGUGAGUUUACCCUGGAGAGGAUGGGAGUGACGUACAAAGCCAAGGCGCACCUCAAGUCUCCCUUUGACCCUGAGAAUAAGCGCGUCAAGGGCAUCUAUGCUUGAGUUGGACCACACUCGUGUAAACACUGAAACAAACACACUUCUGGUUGGUGAACAACUGAUUUUACUUUUUAGUCUUUACCUGUCUGUCUCAAACAUUGAUCAUUUUAUUCAGAUUAUAUCUGUGAUUUGAUGGGACAGGAACUUGUACACUUUUAAAAAUUUUAUGGAUGGUGGAAAAUCUGUAUCAAAAAUAUCAGAGAGGUGCUGAUAUGAUGAAUUUGGUAUGAAUGUUUUACUGUUGAAGGUGUUUCAUGUCCUCGGCAACAUGUUGAGAGAUAAAUAAACUGUAUAUCCCUGUGAAUGCUCUCAUGUGAGUAUUACUGUCAAGAGGUUAGGUAACGUCAACAUCGUAUUAUCUUCAAUAAUCAUUUUAACCAGUUCACCUGGAUAAACCAAAACUAUUCAGUUGUGACCCAGCUAACAUACAUAACUUUAAUAAGCCCAUAGCUUUACAGGAUUGAUCAUAAGGGCUCAAAUAACAGCAUAUGAUUAAUUUUCAGUUUAGAAACAAAUAUGUGUUCAUGUCCAUCAAUAAUCAAAACAAGGUCAUUCAGAAUGAGGUAUUAAUAUCUAAUUCAGUCAAUUUGUUCAAGUGAUAUGCUUUGCAGGCCUCCACUGAAAACAGUGCAUUACCACUAUUUAUCUUAUAUUCAGCUUUUGUGAAGAACUUUAAGCUAACAUUCAUUAUUAUAGGUUUGAUGGUGAUUUUGUAUGUGAAAAACAUGCAGAUUUUGCUCUUUUUUUAGCCCAAUUAUCAGCACUCAGUCUACGCUUAUUUAAUUUGCAUGUGUCCUUUAUUUGAAACGGGCCAUUAUUAGAGUCAGACUGUUAAUUCUAAUUGUGUCUUAACAGUGCAGUGUCUUUUAUACUAUUCCAUUGCUGUGAUAUUUUAUUUCAAAUGUAUCCUAUGAGGAUAUGAGGACAGCAACCAUGAGCACUGUCCUGUGAGAAUAGAAGAGUUCUCAGACUACAACCUAUCCCUUGAGGCAGUUUGAGUCAGAUUACAAUGACUGAUGUUUGUGCUGAUAAUAAUGACUAAAAACAGAGUUUUACUCGGUAGUGUGGUAGCAAGUGUUUGUCAGAGUUAGGGAGAAAAGGAGGAAAAAAAUACCCUGAGGCGCAGUUUACCAGCCGGGGACAAAACACUGUAGAAGAAGAAUGACAGAAACAGACCACAGUUAUCAGCAGCCGUUACAGAUAGAACUCAUUUGUUUUCUGAUCCGCCCCCCCCCACAUACCCCCUCUGCUGUGCUCCAACUUCAAUGCUCUUAGGGUUGUUUUUUAACAGAUGCACUGUUCUCUAAAAGGGCUUAAAGAGCUCUCAUUUCUUGUUUUGGUGAUAAAUCAAACAGAAACAGACAACAGUUAUCAGCAGCCAUUACAGAUAGAGAACCCAUUAGUUUUCUCAUCCGUCCCCCCACUUUCCUCCUCAGCUGUGUGCCAUCUCCAUGCUUUUAGGUUUGUUUUUUUAACAGAUACAUUGUUCUCUAAAAGGGCUCAGCAGCUCCAAUUUCUUGUUUUGAUGAUGAAUCAAACUUGAAAUUUAUUUUAUUUUAUUUUAUUUUGUAUUUUUUGUUUCACAAUAAAGCCCUCCCAGCAGUAAUGGCUUCACAUUUACUGAGAAGCAUCUCUGGGAAACGCUGAGCAAUAACACAUUAAGAACCGUCUUUGCCUCAUUAAUUAACACUUUCAGUUCUAAAGAUGAGCUCAGUGUAACGCUAUAGUGAGCGUCGUACAACUCAUCUAAUCAAUGCUGUGGAAAAUUGAAAAUGUGAAUUAUGCCAAGUCGUCCACUAUAGUCCCUACAGCUUCUUAGGGACAAACCUUAAUUUGAGAAUUUACAGAGUAUGUACAUUGAGACUUAAUGGUGCUAACUCGUGUAUUUGCUUUGUGUGUAUAUAUACGUAAAAACUAAAAGGGCUAACAUGUUUUCUAGCUACAGGUUUCUGUGUUCAUAAUUCAUGUUCGUUUGAUUGAAAAUGUCUUAUUUUACUUUCUGUUGUUGUAGUUAAACUUGACUUAAACAGCAAAAGGAUGAAUCAAUAGUUAAGCACCUUAACAUCUAAUCAUGUUAUGCAGUGCAGAUGCAGCUAUGUACAAUAAUUUAAGAUAUUUAGAUAAUUCUUUAUUUACAUGAGUUUCUGCAAACUAACUACCAAAUUAAGUUUUUUUUGCACUUAUACAAUUCAGUGAUAAAAUCUACUUUC